AUGACCCCCCAAAGGGCGCUCUUUGUGGACGAGGUGUCCUACCGCAUGCCCCGCCGCCUCAAGGACAAGCGGCGGCGCGGCGUCCUCAUCAUCAAUGGUUUCGAGCUGGCAGUCGUGCAGACGGAGCCGAUGGGGGCGCAGGGCGAGGGGGAUGCAAACGUGAUCGCAAACUUCCCUAUCAGCAAGCUCUACGCUAUCAAGCCCCGCCCCGACCCGCGCCAGCUGGAGCUCGAAUUUCUCACCACCAGCCGCGGCGCCCACCCCUCGAUUUUUGGGUUCGAGGGCGCCGCCUCCACCUGCGGGGACGACGCGGAGGAAGGGGAGCGGGACAGCCCCAGGAGCCAGGGCGGCGGCGGCGCGCCGACGCGGCGGCCUGGCGGCGGGGGCGGGGAGGAGGGGGUGGAUUGGGAGCGGCCGUGGCCGUCCGGGGAUCGGGGAGAAGGCGGCGCGCGCGGCGGCAGCGAGGGCGCGGGCACCGGCGCGGGAGCGGGCGCGGGCUUUGCGCGCGGCGCGCUGGGGCUGGAGUCCCCCGCCGCGGCUGACGUCCACGCGCACGCGCCGCGGCAGCAGCGGACGCCCGGCUGCGGCGCCGACCCCGCGCCGCACGGGCCGCAAGGCCCCGCCGUUUUGAGCGGCGCCGCCGGCGGCGGCGGGACCGACGCGACCAUGCGGGCCGUCGCGGUGCAGCACCUGCACCAGUGCCAGCGCAACCUGGAGCGCGCGCUGCCGCUGCUGAAGCAGGGCUUCCCCAUCGGGGCCCGCUUCGAGGUCUCACACAUCACGAGCCUCGAGGACCGCUCUGCAGGCCCCGAGGCGCUCAUCUCCGGCCCCGUGCCUUGGGGCUCUGAGCUCCCCCUGCCCGACCCUUGGGCUUCCGCAAUCCACACCGCCCGCCGGCAGGCGCAGCAGCAGGCAGAAGACCGGCCGCUCGACACGCCCGCUGACGUCGGGGGCGGCGGGCCGGGAGCGUUCAGGGUUUACUUGUCUACCCCCGCCGGCCUGGCCGUGGCGACGGUCGUGCCCGAGCUGCUGCUGCGGCUGGCGCAGCAGGCGGGGCCGGCGGCGGGGGACGUGCUGGCAGUGCCCGUGCGCGCGCUGCUGCUGCGGGCGCGCGGCGGGCGCGUGGCGGGCGCGGGGGACAGCGGGGCCGAGGGCGGCGGCACGAGGGAAGACGGUGGCGGCGGCGGCGGGGGCGCAGGCCAUGGCGGCAACCGCAGUAUGUCGUGGCAGCUGACCAAAAACCAGUCGUUUCCGUCGACCGGCCGCGGCCGCUCCGACGCCGCCGGCGCGCCGCCGACGCCGCCACGGCGAGCUGCGUCGUCGUCAGCCGCGCUCCUGGACGCGGCCUGCGACGAAGCCUGUGACACACCGCCCGCCUCAGGGGUCAGUGGUGCUUCUGCUGCUUCGGCGGCGGCUGCGGCGGCCGCGCACCCGCCCCAGCAGCAAGAAGACACGCCGCUCGAUGGCAGCGGCGCGGUGCCGCCGCUGGUGCAGUCGAGCUCUCACCGCUAUGGGAGCACCGGGGACUUCCUGCUUCUUGAGCGGCGGUGGUCGGCGUCCGAGGAGGGCGCGGCCGGCGGGAGCGGCGGCGCUGAGGGGGACGAAGGCGAGGAGGGGGCGGAGGGGCUGGGGACGGCAGCGACCCGUGGGGCGCGGGCUGGCAGCGUCUCAACACGAAACGCGGGUGGCAGCGCCGCGGCUGCCGUUGAUUGCGGCUGCUCCGAGGUUUCGGAGGAGGCCGCCAGCAGCGCCGGCGGCGGCGGCGACAGCGCCGGCAGCGGCGCGGCGGCGACGGCGGCGGCCGCGGCGGCAGCGGUCGCGGCGGCGGCGUGUGGUCGCGGCGGCAGUGAGGAGCUGCAGGUGUCGUUUGCUGCGGAGGUGUUGGUUGUUUUGAAAGUGCAGCUGCAGCUGCAGCAUGUUGAGGUAUCAGGAGGGCAACAGCAGCAGCAGCAGCCCCAGCGGCCAGAGCAGCAGCUGGAAGCGGGCUCCGCACGCCCCGCGCCACGAGUGAGGGAGAGCGAGCCCGCGCAGCCGCAGCCGGCCGCCACGCCCGGCGAGUGGGAGCAGCAGUGGUGCGACGCGCCGUCCGAGUUCGCAGCCCCAUGCGGCGGCGCGGCGUCGCCCGCGCCGCUCGGCGCCGACGAGUCGCCGUUUGCACGCCUGCCGAGCGCGGGCCGCAAGAGCAGCUCUGGCAGUUUUGGCAGCCUGGCGGGCCGGCUGGUCGGGCUAGGGUGGUACGGCGGCGCGUCUUUUGAUGGGAGGGCCCGGGGCAGGGCGGCCGGGGCGAGCGGCGGCGCGCUCCUGGGCCCGAGCGACGUCAAUUUUGCGGCGGCCGGGAAGCGGCCGUCGGUGCAGGCGCUGCCUGUCGUGAUCGGCGGCGCCGCGCUGGCGCAUGGCGCCUCGGGCGGCGGAGCCCGCGGCGACGCCGGGCCGGGCGCCGGCGAGCGCGCGCUGCUGCGCGCCGCGAGUGUCGUGGCGCUGCUCUGCUGCGUGUCCCUCGCGCUCGGCGCGCACGUGCCCGGCGCCGGGCCGCUGCUGCUGUGCAGCGCGGCGCUCGCGAACGCCGCCGCGCUGCUGCUGGCUGCGCUGCCCACGGGCGCGGUCGCGCGGCUGAUCGGGCACCGGUGGGCCGCUGGCGGCGGCGGCGCCGGCGCUGUCGGCGGCGUGGAGGCCUCCCAGCCCUCCUCCCUGCUGAGCAAGCUCGCGUCCAUCGCGCUCGCGGCGCCGGCGGCGCCGGCGCGCGAGGGCCCGCCGCUGGCGCUGCGGCUGGUGGGCGCCGCGUUUGCGCGCGACGCCAUGGGCGUGCUGGAGGAGCAGGUCAUUCUGUUCAAGGCCCUUUACAGCCGAGAGCCAACUGCCGCAGCCGCCACAGCAUCCGCCGCGGCGCCUGCCGGCACCGAAGCCGGCACCCGCGCCAGCGGCGCGGCGGGCGGCGCGCCCGGCGACGGCGUCGUUUUCGUGUCGGACCCGGAGCCCGAUUGGAUGACUCAGGACAUGCGGCGGCGCUUCCUGGCGGCUAGGCCCGUGCUAGAGGAGCAGCAGGCCCUCGCGCGCAACCACCACGCCUACCGCCUGCGGUACCGCGUGGACGGGUGCCUCUCCCGGCCACCGCCGCACUUCGCGUUCUUCGCCGACAGCUUCCAGCACAAGCUGCUGGGCGUGUCGCCGCAGGGCCACUCCGUGCUGCUGAUCCGGCUCGCGUCGCUGACGGCGCUGCCGCGCGCCCUCAGGGAGGCGGGGCUGGUUCUUGACGACUUUGUGCGCCACAUGGCAUGGGUUUGGACGUUCAUGUUUGAGCGCCUGGUGCCGCACGAGCACCCUGCGGGCCGCAUGGUGCUGGUCGCCGACUGCAGCGCCAUCCGGCUGUCGCUGGCGAUGGGGGAGGGGCAGGCGGCCGCACGCGCUCUUGGCAUCGUGGCGGAGGCGAACCCCGAACGGAACGCCAAGACGCUCGUGGUGAACGCGCCCAGCUGGUUCAACGUCAUCUGGAAGGUGAUGGCCCCGCGUCUGUCAGAAUCGACGCGCGCGAAAGUGUCCGUCCUGACCAGCCAGGCGGAAGCUGCCGCGGAGCUGCGACGCCACCUGGGGGCCCACCUGGUGCCAGCAGAGUUUGGAGGCCCCUGCACGUGGGCGCUGGAUGACUAUCCGGCCCAGCGCGCGAUGCUGGAGCUUGCGGCUUCGCUGUCCGCAGGCGGCUGCGCCGUGCCCGGCGGCACCGCCAGCGGCGGCGGGGCCGCUGGUCCCGGGCGCAGCGCACUGUGA